CCAUCUUCUUUGUUUAUCUGUUCUUUUACUGGUCUUUCAGUUAAAAAGCCUUUGAAUCGUUCCUCAUAGUUUCUCUCGUUUCAUUCUCUUCAAAGCUUUCGAUUUCGAUCUCAUUCAGUUUUCACAUUCAUACAAUCUCAAAUAUUUGUGCAAGAUCAAAUCCAUGUUCAUUCAAUCUCACCCCUAUUUAUCCAGGAAUUUGGAUUCUUUCUGAUUUUUCUACUUUCAUUUGGUACCACAAGUUCAUCCAUUGAUUUGAUUAUGUGGGGAUUUGUUAAUCCAAGUUUUUUUGAUGAUCAUUGAUUGGAUUCAUUUCCUGAUUCAAAUGACAAAGCUUUUGAUGGAUCGGUGUUAGUUUGUUAGGGUUUAGGUAGGAACAGUGAAAGAAAUGGCUUCACCAGUACCAGCGAAAUCUCAACCGCUUCAUAACUUCUCGUUGCCGCAUCUGAAAUGGAAGAACCACCGGAGCGGCCGUAGCAGACUUGCCGGAGAAACUUCAUCGUCAUCUCCGCCUCAUCGAUCUCCGUCUACACCAUGGCGUGAAUCUCCGCCUCCGGCUUCUCAUGCUCAUAUUCCUCCUCAUCCUCCUCUGCGGCAUCCCUCUCCAUCUUACGUUUCUCGGCGGCCGUCACCUUUGCACAAGCAAUCUCCGAUGCGUGACUCGGAGUCGGAAUCUGAACCGAGCUGCGCCGUUUCGGAAGGAAUUGAAAAGCAUACCAGGAAACCAUCGUCUGCAAAAUCUACAAAAUCGGUCGAUAGCAGUAAAGGCAAAAGAUCGCAUAAGAUCUGUAUUCGUUUCCGGAAGAACAGCAAUAUCAAGCAUGACGACGCCGUCCCGGAGGAAAACCACUCGUCAACACCAGUUGACAACGCCGUUCCGUCUGCAGCAGCCGAAGAAGAAGAAUCCUUGCCGAAGAUUUGGAAUUUGAGGCCCAGAAGGCCGCCGAUGAAUCACAAGCAGUUUAAUGGAGGUUUACCGAAGAUCGGUUCAUCGUCAUCGCCGGAAAAUACAGCUUCGCAAAUAAAUAAUCCCAAUAAAGAAGCAUCAGAAGUGAAGAAUAACGAUCACAGCAAUUUUGGAACGUCAAAGAAGCAGAAAUUCUCGAUUGCACUUUCGCGUCAUGAGAUCGAAGAAGAUAUAUUCGCAUGGACUGGAUCAAAGCCUUCCCGGAGGCCAAAAAAGAGACCAAGGACUGUUCAGAAACAACUUGAUACAUUGUUUCCUGGUUUAUGGUUGGGUUCGAUAACAGCUGAUUCAUACAAAGUAUCUGAAGCACCUCCAAAGGUAUGGAAGAACCCUAACUUGUAUAGGUGA